AAGUUUGUUACCAUAGCUCAGGCAUGAAGUAAACACAAUUUUCACAAAAUUCUAAUGAGUUUUCGCAUCCCUCCAAAUUUAUGUAGUUAAAAUUUGUGGUGUGUGUUAAAUUGGAAAUUUCGCCAGAAUGAGGGAGUGUAUUUCGGUGCACAUUGGCCAAGCUGGGGUCCAGAUCGGCAACACCACCUGGGAGCUGUACUGUCUCGAGCACGGAAUUCAGCCCGACGGCAGUCUCAAGGACCAGAAGGACAUCGUCUCCGACAACUGCUACGGCACGUUUUUCUACGAGGUGGAGAACGGGAACAUGGUCCCGCGCAGCCUCAUGGUGGACCUGGAGCCCACCGUCGUGGAUGAGGUCCGCGUGGGUAAAUACAAGCAGUUGUACCACCCGGAGCAGCUCAUAACCGGCAAAGAGGACGCCGCCAACAACUACGCCCGCGGCCACUACACCAUCGGCAAGGAGAUGAUCCACGUGGUGAUGGACAAGCUCUCGAAGAUGGCCGAGCAGUGCUCGGGCCUGCAGGGCUUCCUCGUGUUCCACUCGUUCGGCGGCGGCACCGGCUCCGGCUUCACCUCCCUCCUCAUGGAGAACCUCUCCGACGAGUUCGGCAAGAAGAGCAAACUGGAGUUCGUCAUCUACCCGGCGCCCCAGGUGUGCACGGCCGUGGUGGAGCCCUACAACUCCAUCCUCACCACGCACACCACCCUGGGCCACACCGACUGCGCCUUUAUGGUGGACAACGAGGCCAUCUACGACAUCUGCCGCAAGAAGCUGGGCAUCGAGCGCCCCAACUACAUCAACUUGAACCGGCUCAUCAGCCAGGUGGUGUCGUCCAUCACGGCCAGUCUGCGCUUCGACGGCGCGCUCAACGUCGACCUCACCGAGUACCAGACCAACCUGGUGCCCUAUCCAAGGAUCCACUUCCCGCUGGCGUCGUACGCGCCCGUGGUCUCCUCCGACAAGGCCUUCCACGAGGGCAUGUCCGUGUCGGAGAUCACGUCCGAGUUGUUCGAGUCGUCCAACCAGAUGGUCAAGUGCGACCCGAGACAUGGCAAGUACAUGGCGUGCUGUUUGCUCUACAGGGGGGACGUGGUGCCGAAGGACGUGAACGCGUCCAUCGCCCAGAUGAAGACCAAGGCGAAUAUUAGGUUCGUGAACUGGUGUCCCACCGGGUUCAAGGUCGGGAUUAACUACCAGCCGCCGACGGUGGUGCCGGGGGGCGACCUGGCCAGGGUGCAGAGGGCCGCCUGCAUGUUGUCGAACACGACGGCCAUCGAGUCGGCGUGGAAUAAGCUGAAUAAAAAGUUUGAUUUGAUGUUUGCGAAGAGGGCCUUCGUGCAUUGGUACAUACAUGAGGGGAUGGAGGAAGGGGAGUUUAAUGAGGCGAGGGAGGACUUGGCCAUGCUGGAGAAGGACUAUGAGGAGGUUUCCAUCGAUGAUAUUGAAUAGUCACUCACGCAUUUACACUUCAUUUUGAUUAUACAAAUUGGCAAAGCCAGUGGUGACUGCGCUUAUGAGUUAUAUUUUUUGAACAUACAAUAAAUAUUUAAUAAAUUUAA